AUAAUAAAGGCACGGAAAUAAAAGACUGGGGCUAGGGGAGGAUAAUUUGUGUUUGGCUAGAAUGUGGUGGAAGUUAGGACUACCUGAAAUAAAUUCAGGUUUGUUUCACCUUGUUUUGUUUUUAAGAAAGGAAUAUCUUCUCACCCACAGCAACUAAUGAUUUGAGGCAUCGGAUGCUUUCCUAACAGAGCUGCUUAGCUUGGCUUCAUUUUCUCCGUGCAGCCAAAGACUGGAAGAGUAAUUGUCUGGCUGAGCUGUGACUGCCAGCAGGCUGUGUGUGGGUCUCCUUUUGGCAGCUGGAAUUAAAGGGCCUGAUGAUUCAAAGGACUUCAAGUGCUACCACCAAUGUGAGAAAUCAGUGGGACUGUAGUGAGGUCUGUCUCCAGUGACUGUCUCCAGGAAGGACGGUGAGAUCUAAGAGCAUAUCUGCUUCUCACUGGAGAAACCCACAGAGCUCAACCACCUUGGUCAAGACCUUCAUUGACAGACCAAUGGCAAUGGCAGCACGUGUGACCAAACUCAAAGCAGAAUCCAAGUGCUCCAUCUGUCUGGAUUACCUCAGAGACCCCGUCACCAUCGAUUGUGGGCACAACUUCUGUCAGCUCUGCAUCCAACAGUCCUGGGCAGAUCUACAGGAAUUGUUCCCUUGCCCUGUCUGUCGUCACCAAUGUCAAGACAGGCACUUCAGGAGCAACACCCAGAUGGGAAGGAUGAUUGAAAUUGCCGAGAUACUCGAGAGCGCGAAGAGCAAGAAAAAGAGGCAGGAAAAAAGGACCUUGUGCGAGAAGCAUAACCAGCCCCUGAGUGUUUUCUGCGAGGAGGACCUGGUGCUGCUGUGUCCCCUGUGCACUCAGCCCCCUAACCACCAGGGCCACCACGUGAGGCCCAUAGAGGAGGCUGCCUCUCAUCACAGGGAAAGGCUCCACAGUUACAUCCAGCCCCUGAAAAAGCAAUUGGCAGACCUUCAAAAAUUAAUAAGCACUCAAAGCAAAAAACUCUUAGAACUGAGAGAGAAGGUGGAAAGCCAAAGGCAGGAACUGUCCUCUGAAUUUGAGCACCUCACCCAGUUUCUAGACCGUGAGCAGCAGGCAGCUCUCUCCAGACUAGCUGAAGAAGAGAAGGACAAUCAACAGAAACUCAGUGCAAACAUAGCAGCAUUUUCAAACUACAUUGCCACACUCAAGAGCCAAUUAAAUAAGGUAGCAGAGCUCAGUGAGCUGUCUGAACUGGAACUGCUGUCACAAAUUAAACUUUUCUACGAGUCUGAAAAUGAGAGUAGCCCGUCAAUCUUUUCAAUUCAUUUGAAGAGAGAUGGCUGCAGUUUUCCUCCCCAAUAUUCUGCUCUGCAGAGAAUUAUAAAGAAAUUUAGAGUAGAUGUAAUUCUAGACUCUGAAACAGCACACCCUAACCUGAUUGUAUCUGAAGAUAAAAAAUGUGUGAGAUUUACAAAGAGAAAACAAAAGGUUCCUGGUUUCCCAAAAAGAUUUACUGUCAAGCCAGUUGUUCUGGGUUUUCCAUGUUUUCAUUCUGGCAGGCAUUUCUGGGAGAUUGAAGUGGGAGAUAAGUCUGAAUGGGCUAUUGGCAUUUGCAAAGAUUCUCUUUCCACAAAGGCGAGGAGACCCUCAUCAGCCCAGCAGGGAUGUUGGAGAAUUGAGCUACAGGAUGACGGCUAUCAUGCACCAGGGGCUUUUCCAACCCCUCUCUUGUUAGAAGUGAAAGCUAGGACCAUUGGCAUUUUCGUGGACUAUGAGCUGGGGGAGAUCUCAUUCUAUAACAUGGCUGAGAAAUCUCACAUCUGUACUUUCUCUGACACUUUUGCUGGAGCUCUUCGGCCUUAUUUCUAUGUAGGACCAGAUUCACAACCUCUCAGAAUCUAUACAGGAACAGCUGGUGAAUAAAAACCCACCUGUGAGGUUGAGCUAUUUUACUAGUUGUUUUUUUUAAUGAAAGAUGCAGAGGUUAUUGUAGUAUUGUAUCUACAGACAUAAUCCCUCUAGUUUUUUUUCUCUCACAGUUUCCAAGAAGAAAGUUUUAUGUUGCUCCAACAACUAUCUAUGAAACAGUGCUAGGAAUGGCUGCCUUUUGGGAAUGUUGUGGGGGCUACCUAUCAUGUUCAUGGACUUGGUGCAUUGCUGAGUAAAAGGGUGAUUAUUUCUGUUUUUCUGAAAGUGCAGAUGGAGCUUCCAGGAGAUGAACUAGAACAAACUUAUCAACUUUGCCUUCUCAGUGUAAAGGUUGGAUUGUGCUAUUCCUGACACAUACUAGGCAGGGAGCAGCUUGUAAUCCUUAGUUAAACCACAGGGCACAAUUUAAAGGGGUGGAGUGGGGACCACAGGCAGAGGGUAAGCAUUUUUAGCUUUUAACAUGUGAGGCUUUAACAGAUUUUUUUCUGUUAUCGCCACAAGCCACCUACUGGUGGCACUCACUACAUUAGGUUUCUUAGAAACCUUCUGCGUCACAUAAUUUUUAUUUCUUCCUGUAUUCUUUGCUAUUUCAUUUCUUCCUGUAUUCUGUGCAUAGUAUUUUGGAAGAGAGUGACUUGUUAUGACACUGGAGAGAACUGGAAAAUCUUGUUACUAAUGGACAUUACUGUUAGACACUAUGUCAGAGACUAAAAGAUGAAUCACUGGGCAGGAUGGUGUACCUAUAUUGACUCAAAAUGUUUUCUUUCAAAGACGGCUAACAUUUAUGGAGCCCUAACUAUGUCCCAAAAGUUGCAGUAUUUUCAAAACAACUCUGAGAUGUAGGCAGUAGGUUGUUAACAAAAAAAAAAAGGAUUUAAAAUUAAGAAAACAGUUUUGAGACAAAAAAGUAUCCUAGUUAAGGUGAAUCAGCGAGUGGUAAAGAAAUGUCUAGGGGUGGCCGGGCGCGGUGGCUCACGCCUGUAAUCCAAGCACUUUGGAGGCCAAGGCGGGCGGAUCACCUGAGGUCGGGAGUUCAAGACCAGCCUGACCAACAUGCUGAAACCCCAUCUUUAAAAAAAAAAAAAAAGAAAAGAAAAAAAGAGAAGAAAUGUCUAGGGGUGCCUUCAAUCACUGACAAAACCAGCCCCAUAAAUGGUUUGUCAAUGGAAUGCUUUAUACAUACACAGGAAGUAAUAAGGUAUUUUUCCCUCUGACUAUGAAAAAGGAGAUGUCCACAGGUACAUGUUUGAACUCUCAGAACACUACACUAACAACCAGAAGGAUCUGGGUUUAUAUCUAGAUUCCACUAAUGUCUGGUAGUGGGCUUAAACUCGUGUAAAAUGGACAUAAUACUUAUUUUUCAUGAAAGCUAUGAAGGUGAAGUUAUAUGUGUGUGUAUGCACCAAAGUUAACUUAUUUUUUAAAAUUUUUUCAGAGAUGAGGUCUCACUCUGUUGCCCAGGCUAGAGUGCAGUGGCAUAAUCAUAGCUUACCAUAACCAUGCACUUGAACUCCUGGGCUCAAGGGACUGUCUCACCUCAGUCUCUGAAUAAUGGGCUCACACCAUCAGUUAGCUUUUUUUUUUUUUUUUUUUUUUUAAUAUAGGGUCUGACUCUGUUACCUAGGCUGGAGUGCAGCGACAGGAUCAUGUUCACUUCAGC